UAUUCCUUCUUCAAAUGAUUGAUUUACUUCUUAAGGAGGUUUAUGUCAUUUUCAAUAAGAAGAUCCUUUGUUCUAUAAAAUCAAAGGAACUGUCAAACUGUUCAGUAUGACAGUCUGCUUUCACAAAAUCCAUUUUGACUUAAAGUAGUAGGUAAGCACAGAUGUUACUAAUCACAUUAAAGAUACUUCUGGACCUAAAAAUAACUGAACCUUCAUUAAUGUGAUUAGCAACACCCGUGCUUGCCUACUAUUUCAUGUCACAAUGGCUGAUGAAAGUUUGGUUACCAGCCUCAAAUAGCCUAUUACUAGCACCUCAGAGUACAGCCCAAUGCUUCCCACAGUUCAAAUAGCACACACUACCCAGGGAGCUCCAUAAUAAGAAGAAAAUUGCUUGGGCCAAGAAACACAAGCUGAACUGAAGACCAAAGUAUGUGCUUUGGUCCAAUUAGAUUUAUGUUUCCAGCUACCAUGGCUUUAUGUAUCACAGACCAGGUGAACCUGUGGCCCUUACACAGCCUCCAGGUGUUGUGGUGCAUCAGACGACCUGGCCUCCACAAUCAGCUGAUGUAAAUGAGAUAGUUUGGUUAAACUGGAACACAAACGGUGCCAAUUAAACUCUGAAGAAGCUCUUCUGUCACCUUACCAGGUAAUGAAAUCAUGCCUUCUUGACAGCUUUGUAUCUUCGUGCGACGCUGUCAAAAUGGGAAACAUUGGCUGCUUUAAGAAACACAUAAAGCCAUAAAUUAAAAAAUUAUUUAAUACCAAAAUAAAUAAUGACAAAUGCACAUUUGCACGCACAGUUUCAUGUAGUCUAAAUAAAUACCACAACAUCUGCACCUACACAGAAGCCUUGCAGUUGUUUUAGGUGAGGUUUGGGUGAAAGUGUGGCAGCUGUGAGCUUGAAUGUGCUAAAACAAACUUUGUGUCAUAAAAAUGUGAUUUAUAAUAAAUGUGAGUAAUAAUUCCUGAUCUCACUACAUGACCUCUUUAUACUUAGGACAUUACCGAGCAGUCUGACUGCAUCUACUUGUUCAGCUCCAAGACCUAUGGCUCAAAAUAUUCAUUGCAAUCUGUGCAGUCAAAACUCUUGGUCCCUGUCACAUCGAAUAGACGACACACUGAUGUUCUCAGAGUCCAUGCAGACAUGCUUCAGUUCUCUCUACACGACUGUAAGAAAACAGUCUAUCCCAGCUAUCAGGGACACUGUGGACAGAUCACCAAUCAGGGCGAUUUUUAGACUUCCUUUCACAAAAUAUACUUUUACAGUUUUUAUUAUAACACAUUGUAUUUUUAAGCUAAAACUCACCACUGUGCUGUAAAUAGUACUGGGGGUUGUUACUCAAAAAAAGUAAUAAAUAACAUUUUAUUUGUUAUUUUUCUUAAAAGUAAUGCAGUACAUUCCUUAAUCGAUCACUGAAGAAAGUAUCACUCAAGAUCACAUCACUUACAUAGCUUCCUCUCUGCUCCUGGAAGCACCUGUCGAACCCCCGUAAAUCUGCCGAACAAAGGUAAAAACUAAUCACAUCCACAACUAACUCACUUUUCCCUCUGUUGCAGUGGAUUCCUCACCACUGACUCUAGUUUUCCCUCCAGCCCCUGUGAUUAAGUCUCAUGAGAAAAUAAUAAAUAAAGCUUUUUCAUUCUAGUGAAACAUUCCAUCUUUUGAAUCUGCCUUUUUGCUCUGGCCCAAUCGCUGCUUCUUGUAAUGGGAGAACAGAGAGCAUGUUUAUUUAUUUAAUAAUAAACCGUACACUCUCUCCUCUGAAACAAUUAUCUGUGCUGUGUUGUUAUGUUCCUGUGAAUGAUGAAUCUGUUAAAUCAUCUUAUAUGCACACUUUCUACUGUUUCAACCCUGGAGAGCUUUUGUUCUGGUUGUUAGACACACAUGCAAACUGUUGGGCUUCCAUGAUUUCUGCAGACAUUUCAUUACCUCCAUGCAAUUCAAUGAUUUUCCUUGAGGGGACUUUGUUUUUUGUCCCCAGAAGAAAGACACGUCCCUAUAAAUUGACUGUUUGAGUAGAUUUAGGUCCCCACAACAUGGGUAAUACCAGAACAGCUCACAACCACACACAUACACUCACUCACUGGACUAUUACAAUAGUUGCUUUUUUUCUCAACCAGCAGACGAAUAACAGCACGUGGCUUUAACGUCACAUGAAUAUCAGCACCUUGGACAGCAGCCACAGUCAGCAGCUACACCACCAAUGAAGGAUGGAGAUAAUUUCUUCUUAGCUGCAAGAAGCAAAGGUCUUUUUUUAAAAUAGGAAACUAUACAGAUAACGAAGUUUGGGUGGUUUGAGCUGACGUGCAUGCGAAACUUCUGAAAAUCGAAUUUGAGCAUCCUGGGGAUUAUGAUGAAGGAGACACUAUACUACAGUCUGUCAGGUGAAGUGGCACUUCAUUGUCUCGCCUAUUCUCCGGGGUCUUUAUAUGAUUUGCUAAAUAAGUGAGGAGGUGCAGUUUUUUUUAGCAACCCGGAAGGGACAGUUGCGGUCUACUCUUUUUGUGUUCACAGGAAUCCAUAUCUGGCAUCCUCUCGCUCCCCCUGAUUUGUGGCGCAGAGAUGGUCGGGAAAAGAAGUGGCAUUACAAGUUGCUGUGAAAGGAUUUUUUUUCAUGUGAUGUUAUUUUCUUCGCUUUCUCCGCUGAGAUUGAACCCCGCUGGAUUCUAACUUUAUAAUCUGGCUGUCGGACCUGCUUAAGGGGAGAAAGUGCGGGACGAGCUCCCCCACCGCCCGAUGUAACAGCAGAGAACGAGAGAGAGGGGGGAAAGGGCUAAAGCGAACAGGAGGAAAGAGUGGCGAAGUGAUGGAUGCCACUGCCAGACAACAAAGGAUGCACGCUUGUCACCUCGUGUAAUUCUACCCGCUCUGUGGGUAAAUGAGAAACUCAAAUAUAAAUCGGAUUGGACUUAGUUGGUAAUAGGAUUCAGCAUCAACCCCACACCUCAGACACCCUCGCUGUUUCCGCACGAAGAAGAAGAAAACAUUCUGUGGCAAACCUCGGACAGCUCCUUGUGAUUCACAACAUCGAGAUGACCCGUUUGAACCUUGCGAUAUCAGCGAGCGAGCGGGAUGGAGACGUGUAAGAGGAUGCUGCUGGACUACUCUGACUUUAAUGUUUGUGCCUCACAGUUCGUGGCUCUCAGCCUCCAUUGAAUCCCGAAAGAAAACGCCUCUGUCCAUGAAAAAUAAUCCUUCCCUAUUGGCUGGAUUGCGGUGCACAUGCUAUAACAACAGGAUAUGCAAAGAGCUAUGGGCUGAUCUAAUAGCCUAUCAUGUUAGUCGCAUGCUUUCUCAAUUCAGAUCUGAAUUUUAUUCAGUAAGAUUUGAACUGUCUACUUGAAUCAAUUCAAUACCUCAACAACAACAACAACAACAACAACAACAAUAAUAAUAAUAAUAAUAAUAAUAAUAAUAAUAAUAAUAAUGAAGGGACUGUGACAGUAAAGCUGAAGGUUGCUCUGUUUGUGGCUGUGUAGUAAAGCUGCUGAAGAAUGUUUAAGUAUCGCAUCCGGAUGUUCUUUAAUGAACUCAAAGUGUUGCUACUGAUGCGUUCUGGAUCAAGCAGGAGGACGGACACUGACCCGAACACACAGACCACGAUGAGAGGGCUCGCUAUUGGAGGCUGUGGUUGGCCACAGCUGAGCUGCUCUCAGCGGGACGACGAGGAGGAGUACUAUGGCUCUGACCUCCGGCCACGAAGCCUGGCGUUUGAGGAUAAAGAAGGUGCCAAACCUCAGGGAGGAGGAGUAGGAAACAUGGAUGCUGCUUCACUCCCGAGUCUCUCAGAGAGCGGGACGCGAUCACCGCAGUGCCGGAUCUGCUUCCAGGGGCCAGAAAAGGGGGAGUUGCUGAGCCCUUGUCGCUGUGAUGGCUCAGUGCGCUGUACCCACCAGUCCUGCCUUAUCCGCUGGAUCAGUGAGAGAGGCUCCUGGAGCUGUGAGCUCUGCUACUUUAAGUACCAGGUGUUGGCCAUUAGAACCAAAAACCCACUGCAGUGGCAGGCCAUCUCUCUGACUGUGAUUGAGAAGGUACAGAUUGCAGCCAUUAUCCUCGGCUCUCUGUUCCUCAUCGCAAGUAUUUCCUGGUUGGUUUGGUCCUCUCUCAGCCCCUCAGCCAAAUGGCAACGGCAGGACCUUCUCUUCCAGAUAUGCUACGGCAUGUACGGCUUCAUGGACAUAGUUUGCAUAGGCCUUAUAAUCCACGAAGGAUCAUCUGUCUACCGGAUCUUUAAGCGCUGGCAGGCGGUGAACCAGAAGUGGAAAGUGCUGAAUUAUGACAAAGCAAAGGACUUAGGGGACCCCAUCAGUUCCAGCAGCAAAAGCACUGUUCGAGUAGAGAGGAACUCUUCUCACACUGUCACAGACAGCAGCCGGAGGGCAAACCGCCAUAUCAGGACUAUUCUCAACCACCACUGUGGCUACACUGUUUUACAUUUCCUUAGCCAGCUAAGACCCAACAACUUGCACAGCAGCAACCAUGAGGUGGUCAUGAGAGUGACCACCGUAUGAAGCUGACUAAAGUGCUGUAAUGUUUAAGGAGGAGAAAAGUGUUGAUUGGGGUUUAAUUAAAUAAAAUCCCAAUCUGCCAUAUAAACACUGCCGUGAACUUCCACUUUCAUAUUUCCUUCUCAGAUUCUGCUGGAGUUAAGGAUGAGUAUUACCUAUUUUGUGAGAAACUUGAAGUUUUUAUUUGAGACUUUAAAUGUGAAGCCUGUGAAUUGAGAAAAAAAAUGAUUUUGAACAGAUUCUUUCUUAAAGCAAGUAACCAUUUUUAACACUAUGACUAAGGUUUCAAAAUGUAACCAAACAAGUUUGUUUUACUUAGAAAAGAAAAGAAAAAGUUGGAUUUGGAUUUGUUUUUAAGGUUGAUUAGGAUUUGACAACGUAAGUGAGAGUUUGAUGGUGAUAAUGAUUGUGCUUCUACGUAUGACCACUGUAGCAGUUCCCCUUCUAAUGUUUCUGUGUAUGUCUGAGGGUUUGCCAUGAUCUUGGUAACUUGUGCUGUUUUCACUUAAAGUUGAACUGAUGGAUAAGUCAAGAAAAUGCCCAAUAAAACUUUAGGAUGUGUUAAAAGUG